AGUUCAUACGACAGCUCAGAAGCCAUCCAGCGAUGGUUUCUUCUUCGCUUCGGUCAUUGUCCGAGAUGGAUCAUUCUAUCCUUCCCACCUCGGCUCCGACACCUCCCUCCGUCUCCAACGCCGCCACUGCUGUAUCCCCGCCCUCGUCUCCCAGCUUCCUCCUGCGGGUCUCCGUCUUCCUUGUCCUCGCUGCCUUCUCGCUGUGGGCAAAUUUUGAAGCUUCCAAGGGCUUCGAGAUUGCCGUCAUCAACGCCGCCUCCGACACACAUGCGGCCCGGCGCUUCCAUCUCCUGUUCGUCUCCAACGGCCGCGCCGCCAGACUAGUCCUCAGCUCGAGCGAUUUCGUUGAGCGCGUCCUCUAUCCGGAUGAUUCGUUCCCUAGGAAGCCAGUGGGGCGGGUAACGCUUUACAUGGCCGCCUUAGACCUCAACGAAACCGUCCUGGUCAGCCGUGGCCGCCGCCCAGGCGAGUUCGUAGUUCGGAUGAGCCAAGCCGUCAUGGGGGAGUCCGACGUGCAGGUGUCGGUGGCCUCCGCGGUGCAACGGGGCAUGGCCCGCGUGUGGCUCUGGGACGGGCGAGGCCGGGCGCCGAGAUCGCUUCUGGAUGCCAUGGUAGACUACCUCACCGUCUCAACCGGUCUGGUGUCGCCACGGAUGAGGCGGAACGACGACAGUGCCGCACUCAACGCUGCUCCGUGCUGGGUGGAGCAGGAUCGGUUGUGUGUAGCACGCAUGAACCGAGCCAUGCAGAAGGAAUGGAACGAAAGCAAGCUAGAGGAUGCCUGCGGCCUUCCUUCUGAAAGCUGUGCUCGGUCUUCCUACUCCUCAUUUGAGACAGUAUGAUCACAAGGAAACAUCCGAGCUACCUGCUGAACGAAGGCCUCAGAUCAUAUUGGUGGGCACUUCCAAGUAUGCUACUGCAUGUUGUACUACUGCUUGAUGGUGCACGCAAUAACCUAGCCUGAUGUACAAGACAAAUAUGCUACUUGCAUGUUGUACUCCAUUGAUGUAUCAUCUAUCAUUAGUAUCAAUUCCACUGAUGGCUUUGACACAGCAAAA